AAGUAAUUCCAUUUCAUGAUAUCCCCACUUGAGAUCAAUUUUGGGAACACUUAACUGGUUGAUAACUCUUGAAGCACCUCAUCGACCGUAGUGUACGUGACAAUAAUAACCCAAUAGCAGUUUAUCCCGCUACCCUUCAGCCUCUCAGCGGGACCCGAGCGGUUCACAAACACGCCCACUCUCGGAUGUGACGAGCCCGUCUCUUCCACCAGGACACGUUCGCUUCGGCUGAAGCAAAGAUCCUAUAGCGGAGCAAGAUGAACCACUCCUGCGAAAAACACGUAGUACGGUCAUGGGCAGAUUCAUGGGUAAUUUAAGGUCCCAUUUCCGUAACCUGCUUCCGCCUAAAGAUAGGAUAUUUGCUUCCGCCUCCGCACUCGUAUCUUCACUUAGACCAUGGCGUCCACGUCUAAUAGUGUUGCAUUCUGCACUGCUGUAAAUUGCUCCAAUCGGCAAUGUAGGCGACCCGACUUGUCUUUCUUCAGGUUCCCCAUUAAGGAGGAAAGGUAAGCAAACAUGUAUUACUUCUGUGGCUAUAGGAUCUUUGGACUGAAGUUGCGGCGCGGCCGCUUCCCCCCGGCCGACCGAGCCGGAGACUUUCCUACGAUGGCAGGAAGACAGGAAAUGGAUCGGGACCGGUUAACAUGCGGAUCGAACUGAAGCCGUUUAAUUUUUUUUAAAGCAGAAAUGUCUGGUGUGAAGAACAUAGAAGCACUUUCUCCUCGGAGAGCAGAGUGUGGGUCCGGUGUAUCGGCGCUGAGAGAGUCGCCACCAACCAAGCGGCCGCGACCCGUCUCUCCGCACUGUCCCCCUGAGAUGUGGCUUCACCGCAGUUGGGGUGGCCACCUAACCCGACAGUGUGGGACUGAGCGGCGGUCGCUGAAAACCAAGCCCUUGAACCUGGUGAAACUUUCCUUUGGGGUUGAGGCCCAGGACAGGAUCCAGAUUGUCCAUGAAACACUGCAUCACCUCCGCAGGAUCUACAGCAUGAACCUGAGCUCAGUAACGUGGGUCCAGGCCACAGUGGAACACUUCAGGCUUCUCCUGGAUCGGCAACUGAGAGAGCUGGAAGUCUGUGUCAGGAAACCAAGCACAGGGUCCAGGGCAAGGAAGAAUGCCACAGUUCAUAAAUACUUCAGGAAACUGAGAAAGUUUCUGAAACAGAAGGGAUUCAGUGACUGUGCCUGGGAAAUAACACGCGCUGAGACCAGGGCACAUUUACAACAGCUCCUACUCAUCAUGGCAACAAUCAGCAGGGAACAAUGAGGAUAUUUCAGAGACUGAAUCAUAAGAGACUGAAAUUGAGGAUCAAUUGAAAUCUGUAGAUCAGGCAACAUAUCUGUCGAUUAUGGUUUUGUGAUGUUUUGAGUUGAGACCCUUCCUUGGACUUCUUAUGGUGGAAACGUGAUAAAUGAAAUGGAAGAUGUUCAAACAACUCAGUACGUGUGGAAUGGAAAAGGGAGUCAUUCCAGGUCAAAUAAACUACCAUCAUGAAUGCUCAAGAACCAGAAUGUUAACAAUUUUUUAAACAAAUUAAUUAUUAUUAUUGCAUCAGAAACAUUAGCUAUAUUCUCUCCCAUUAGCUUUUUUUCUGAACAAUGUAUUCUAUUAUUUCGACUUGUAUGAGAGUCAUGGAGAACAAAGAACAUUUGGAUAUUUCUCUGUAUUUAAGUGUUGAUCUAAUUUAUUGAUAUUUAUUUUUGUACCAUUAUCCUGUGUUGAACUGUGAAUCUUGAAAGAUCCCCUCUUUCAAAGACUGACAAAUUCAGUAAAUUCAUUAAAUUAUUUCAGUGAAUAAAUUAAUUUCAGUUUAUUUAUAUUUGCACUUAUAUAUAUUUAAGCAUACAAUAUAUAUAGUCAAAAUCUUUGUUAAUUUAUUGUAUUUUAGAGAGACGCUGUG